UAGCUCUGCUCUCCAUUUAUAUCUGUAAAUGUUUAUUUACAUGCAGCACUCUUGCAUAGUUUUAAAACAAGGUCAGCAAAUUAACUCUGCACAUUGAUUCUCAUUCCUUUGUCAAUUCUUACACCUUUUAACUUGAAAAGCAAACUAUGGUAUUCGCAUGAAAAAAUUUCAAGUGCCGAAACAGUGAUAUUCAGAGGGGUUGCAUCACAUCGCACCUAUCCUUUCGAAAGAUCAUUCUUCAACCAGUUCAAGUACUUAGGCCAACUCCAACACACGACCCCAAAUGGUCCGGCCGCGUCCGUUUAGGGGUAAACGGACACAAAAUGCGGCCCAACACGCGGGAGCAAACGGACAAACGUCCGUUUUUCAUCCACUUUUGAUCCAUUCCUCGCCCAAAUUUGGCCGCGUUUACGUCGAAACGAACAUGCACGGACGGGCGGGACGCGCGCCCUUGUCCCCCUGGCCCGCCGUCGGGGACACAACCCUCUUUCUCUUCCAUGCCCUCCCUCCGCCCCGCCAUUGCCGCGCCACCUCAUCGAUACCCUAUUUUCCCGGCAGCCUUCCUCGCUUUCCUGCUAGGCCGUCCGAACCACAACCACGCCAAUGCCAACCAGGUUUGCUGCCUGUGAGGGGAACUCGAGGUGCUCUUUCCGGCCGCAUCUCCACCACGACCGCAACGUGUUCGAAACUUUUCUCACAAGGUACCAUGGAUGGUGGGAGUAUUUAUUUCACAACUUCAUUUUUUCAUCGGAUGAUUCGUUCUCGGAUGACGAAGACCUUGUGGUGGCUGCAUUGGUCAUCAAUGAACACAUUGUUGGGCAGCGGCCUCGGUUCAAGAGAUCAAUCCUGGAUCAUGCUUCGGCCUUGAAUCGCAAUAGGGAGAGCGGCCGCGCCCUACUCUAUGCCGAUUACUUUGAGAACAUCGCGCUCUUCAAACCAGUGAACUCACCUUGACAAUAGUAGAUGUAUCGAUCCAUUUCUAUUCAAGACAAUUUUGAUUGAGUUGUAAAACUAUUUGAUUGUGUUUUUAUUUGGAUGUGGAACUGUUUGUUUUGUAAAACUAUUUGCAAUGUUUGAUUUAUUUGGUUAUUUGCAUUAUUUGGUUAUUUGUAUAGACACAUAGGGCCUUCAGCCGGACGAGAUGCGUCCAAGAUGCGGCUCGGUGUUGGGCGCACGACCGGCACAUCCAGAAAAAUGAGCGGGCGCCGCCCCAUUGCCCUACCCAAACAGACAAAAUUCAAACAAAAUAGAUGUCCAUUUGGGGUUAUGCGAGUUGGCCUCAAGUCCUCCGGCCCCGGUCUUCCGUCGGACCCCUAUCUAUUUGUCUCUAAAUUCACAUGCCUGUUAACUGAACUCACAAAAUUGCAUAACACGCUGCUAGCUGAAAACCUUUUUGUUGUAUUGAACUAGCGAAAAAACUGAAGUACAUUUAAUAGACUAUAAACAAGAAGUGAUCCACUUGCUUCAAAAAUUAUGUGGGACCCCUACACACAUCAUCUAAAAUCGAAGCACGGGUCCAGCGGACCCUUGACGCACACCGCAUGUGCAUGCUCCAGAUGUCGCCGCUGCCGUCUCCCGCGAAAAAGGGGUGAUGUCUACAUGUAGAAAUGUGCAACUGAAGAUUAGAGGUUUUUCUUUAUGCAUGUGCGUUCUUUCUGUUUGUUGCUAAUGUUUUUUUGUGUGUGUGUGUAUGUUCGAGUUUGGAACUGUUUUUUCUUCUGGAUAAAGUGUGAAGGUUCUACAAUGUUAGAAUCUAGCUAGAUAGCUGACAGUACCACAAAGCAACCAGAACAGUACUCCCUGGGUUCCAAAAUAGAUGACCCAACUUUAUAUUAACUUUGUAUUAAAAUUAGUACAAAAUUGAGUCAUUUAUUUUAGAACGGAGGGAGUAAUAAUCAGGCUAAGCAUCCUGGUCCCAGUCACAUCAGCUCGCGGAGGUCAUGGCCAUGGACCCCGUCAAAGUCGUUGCACGGAAAUUUCCAAGGCCACCGGAUUACCAGUCCAAUAGGCCAACUGGGAAACUUCGUGGAAGAUGAUCGCUUGGCCAAUUUUUUCCGGUGAAAUGUUGCGGCCAAUGGUAGUAGUCCGCUCGCUUGCCGUCCACAUAUAUUAUGGUUCGUGCUUCGGGCCUUCGACAACGGUAUUAUCUCUUACAUGCAGUCUCUACCUUCCCAUAGCCCAUGACCACCGAAUCCAGCUACCUCGCCUUGUUCUUCACCACAAUUCCUCCAAAUCAUCCGCUCCCAUGUCUCUCAGCUGCUGCUGGUUCGUGGUCUUCGUGGGGGUGUGGUGGCUGCCGCUGAUGCUCGUGGUGGCCGAGGACCAGCAGGGUGGAGACUGCUCGGCCCAGAAGUGCAGCAACGUCAGCAUCAUGGAUCCAUUCUGGCUCACUGACAAAGUUACGGGAAGAUCAUGCGGUUCUGCAGAUUCCUACCCGGACUUCGGUGUCGCUUGUAGCAACAACAGUUAUCCCACUCUGCGGAGCUCUAUACCCCUCAACAAUGGUUUUAGAAUCCUCAACAUCUCUUACGAGGAACGCAGCUUCCAUGCCGUUGAUCUCGGCAAGCUGGACGUGUUGAGCGCCACUGACAAGUGUCGUGCAGCGUUCUAUAACACCUCAGUCAAGCUGAACCACCGGUUCAAGAUUGCCCCCGUCAACCUGAACCUCAUCCUCUACAACUGCACGGAGGAGAGUGGAGCAGCGGCGGCGGCACGUCGGAACGGAGAGCUGGCGCAGACGAGAGUGAGCUGCGGGAACGAGUGGGCGGUACUUGCACGCGCGGGAGUGCCUCACGACGUGACUGGGAAGUACGCCGGCUACGCUUUGGAGGGCUGUGAUGCUUCCGUCAUUCCAGUGCUGGGCUCGUCGGCAGGGGUGAACGCGAGAGACUAUGAGCAACUCUUCAAGGAUGGCUUCCUCUUGACAUGGGAUCGUCCGCCUGGUACUGGUAGCAAGGGGACUAGCAAGAACAUUAUUCUAAUAGCUGUGACAUCAGCCGCUGGAGCCUUGCUCUUUACAUGUAUUUAUGUCUUGGUAUGGCGCAAAAAAUGGAAAAGACUAAGGUUUCUCCUUUGCAAGAAGACUAGCAGCAACACCGAAAAGAAUUAUGAGGCCAUGAUAGUAUCGCACGGAUCCCUAGCUCCAAAAGGAUACAUGUAUUCAGAGGUAAUGAAGAUAACAUCUUCUCGCAACGAUCAGCUUGGAAAAGGAGGUUAUGGUGUUGUUUUCAAAGGAAGACUGCAUGAUGGUCGUCUGGUCGCAGUAAAAUUCUUGCAUGACUGCAAAGGAAAUGGGGACGAGUUUGUUAAUGAAGUUAUGAGCAUUGGCAGGACCUCUCAUGUUAAUGUUGUUAGCUUAUAUGGGUUUUGUUUGGAGGGGUCAAAGCGAGCUCUUAUAUAUGAGUACAUGCCCAACGGUUCCUUGGAUAAGUACAUUUAUUCAGAGCACCCCAAAGAAAUUUUAGGAUGGGAGAGGCUUUACGGGAUAGCUAUAGGGAUUGCUCGUGGCCUCGAAUACUUGCACCAUAGCUGUAAUACACGUAUCGUCCAUUUCGAUAUCAAGCCCCAAAAUAUCCUUCUAGACAAAGAUUUUAGCCCAAAGAUUGCUGAUUUUGGUCUAGCUAAAUUGUGUCAUACAAAAGAGAGCAAGGUUUCAAUGACUGGUACUAGAGGAACAAUUGGAUUCAUCGCCCCAGAAGUCCACUCGCGAACCUUUGGAGUGGUUUCAACAAAAUCGGAUGUUUAUAGUUAUGGAAUGAUGCUUCUAGAAAUGGUUGGAGGUAGGAGAAACGUAAAAUCAAUUGUUGCAAAAUCCAGCGAAAAGUAUUUUCCAGACUGGAUUUAUGAGCACUUUGCACAAGAUGAUGGAUUACAAGCAUGUGAAGUCACGAGUGGAAUUGAGGAAAUCGCAAGAAAGAUGACAUUAAUUGGCUUGUGGUGCGUACAAAUAUUGCCUGCAUAUCGCCCUACCAUAACCAAAGUUCUAGAAAUGUUUGACAGAAGCUCAGAUGACAUGGGCAUGCCACCGAAGCAAAACUUCUCUGGAUUGCUUGAAAGUUCAGCUCACAAUAUGGAUGCACAGAGUUCAAGUUCCACCAGAUCUGAGGAGAUCAGCCUUGUGAAUUCAAAAAUCCUACAACAAUAGCCAACUCUUUGAACAGAUAGGUCGUGUGAAUCAAAGAACCUACAUUCAUUUCAACACUGUGAGAUGGUGGCCCUGUCGUAGAGUACAUUCAGAAAUUGAACAAGCACAGCAAAAUUUGGCAUUGUAGUAGAACAUAUAUAGUACAUUUAUGCAUGACAAGAGUCAAGAGCACCCUCAUGACAGCGUCCUAAGUUACAGAGAACAGAAGGAAUGAAAUGUAUUCUGACAA